CUCUCAAAGUGAAAGCUGCUCAGUCAUAGCUAGCAAGAACAGAAACGGCAGCAGCUACAGCGAGCUCUUCGAGCACAAAAUAAUUCUCCAAAAUUGACUGGCUACCAUCCUGCAGGAAGAUGAAGUGUAUCUGCAUGAUAUUUCUGCUUCAGUACUGCACCCUCACUACAGCAGUUUGGUUUGUGGUGGUGGGUCCUGAUCGUCCCGUAGUUGGUGUGGCUGGUGGGGACGCGCUCCUACCAUGUUUGCUCAAACCCAACAUCAGUGCCGUGGACAUGGAGGUCAUGUGGCUCAUCGGCAGUGCUGUAGUCCAUCGCUACAGAAACCACAAGGACGAGGCCGACCUGCAGCUCCCAGACUACCAAAACAGAACCAGCUUGUCCACAGAGGGGCUGCAGAGAGGAAACGUCUCACUGAGGCUCACAUCAGUCCAAUUCUCAGAUGCAAAUACAUACAGGUGUUACAUUGUAUGUACUGAGGGGGUGUUUGACACCAACAUUGAACUCCAAGUGGAGGCUGUGGGCUCCACUCCAAACAUCUCUGUUGAGAGUCUGGGAGAUGGGAGUGUGCGUCUGCAGUGUGAAUCUUCAGGCUGGUCCCCUGAGCCCCAGAUGGAGUGGCUGGACAGUGAAGGACAAAUCCUCCCGGCUGAAGCUACAUUUGUCCGAAUAGACCAUGAAGGCUUCACAGUGAGGAGGAGUGUCACGGUCCUGGAGAGUGAGAGCAGCAGGUUUCUCUGCAGAGUUUCAAACACGAUAAUGACAAAAGAGAAUCCGACCCAUGUCCCACGAAUUAUGUUUGCUCUGUCACGGCAUCGCUUGUACCCUGCUAGUUUCGUCUUGUUCUUUCUGGUGUCCACUGUAGUUCUCUCAAUAUGCAUCCUGAAAAAACAUCAAGGGCUCACCAGAUACAAAGAAUGGGUCAUAUCCAGUGUUGAGUCUGAACGUAGCCCCUUUCCUGAUAAUCUACACGACCACUACACUGACCCGCUCAUCAUUAAGUUGAAUGUAGAGGAAGAUAAAGUGUCGACUGCAGGAGAAAUAUUCCAGGAGACCUGCAGUUUAGAUAAGCUCUUCAGCGUUGAUGAUGGUAGACCAGAUCCAAAUGCAAUCAUUCUUCAGGGACACACAGGGUGUGGCAAAGCCUUCACUGUACAAAAGAUCAUGUGUGACUGGGCGUCUGGUGCGGCCUACUUAAAGCGCUUUGCCCUUGUCCUUCUCCUGAAGGGCACAGAGCUGAGGCAGGAACUUCUUCAUCAGGAAGAAAAAAAAAGGAGUCUGGUGGAACUUAUCAGCCCCAUGGGGAAAUUAAGUAGUGUCACUGGGCACCUUCUGAAGCACACUUUGAAGGACGCUCCACACAAGGUGCUGUUCAUCAUCGAUGGGUUUGAUGAGCUGAGGCUGUCGUCAGCAGUAGAGCCCAGCUCCCAUCUCCCCAGCCAGCCAUUCACCAGAGCGCCCCCCGCAUACAUCAUCAAUGCACUGCUGGGAGGACGCAUCCUGCCCGAGUCCUUCCUGUUGGUGACCACCAGGCCCACCGCUUCAAAGGCGCUAAGGAAGAUGCUCCAACAACGGGAACAGCGCUUCACUGAGAUCCUGGGCUUCUCUGAGAAUAAAGUAGGAGAUUAUUUUAAGAAGUUCUUUGAGAACCAGGAGAGAGCAGAGGAAGAGUAUCAGCUUGUGCGUGAAAAUGACUUCCUGUUCUCCUCCUGUUUAAUCCCUAUACUGUGCUGGAUGAUCUGCUCAGUCUUGAAGAAAAAUCCUAGAGGUUUUCAGGAGAGAUCUCCUGUAACCAGAACCUCUAUAUUUCUACUUUAUUGCACAUCCCAUAUAGAUAAUGUUCGGCUCAAGAGGCUUGGCCAACUGGCAGAGAGUAAGACAUUGACAGGGGAGGUGCUGUUUGAUGAGAAGAGUGUGUAUGACACAAUAACAGAUCCGACCAAAUCCCCGCUCUUGCGGAAAUAUUCUCUCGGCUGGAACAAUGUCCAGCAGGUGAUGUACGGUUUUGUACACCCGACUAUUCAGGAGUUCAUCUCAGCUCUGUACUAUAUCACCUUAAAAGAGGAAGAGAUGCUAAGGGAAGUAAAGGAGCUGCUCAAUUCAUUGAAGGGACCCUCUGCAGAUGAAACCAUCCAACUUCGGCCCAUUAUUCGUUUCCUCUUUGGUCUCUCAAAUGCGAAUGUGUGGAGCUUACUCUCUGCCAAAUUGAAAUCAACAGCUGACAAUAAAUCUAUUCGAAAUAUCUUAGAGCAAUGGAUUUUUGAAGAGGUUGCAACAUUUGUUGGGAAAGAUAUGAGACUGUUUAUUCUCCACUGUCUUUUUGAACUCCAUGAGGAGGAGUUUGUGAGGAGCGCUAUGAAGAAAUGGUGGAAGCUUGACUUUGCCUCAUUUUCUCUGAAGAGGAUAGACUGUUGGGCAUUGCACUACUGUUUGCAGUGCAGACCUGCCAUAGCACGCCUGAAUCUCAGCAACUGCAACCUGACCGCAGAGAAGCUGAAGCUGCUUGAGCCUGCACUGUCACAACUGGACUGCAAGGAACUGUGGCUGGAUGUGGAGGACCUAUCAGAUGCUAAUGUUGCUGAUCUGGUCUCAGCUCUGAGCACAGGAAGGAUCCUGGGCAGAUUGAGAGUGGAAAACAGCUUGCUGUCAGAUGAGAGUUUACAGCAAGUCCUCACUGCUCUGGAAAAACAGAAGUCUGUGGGUUCAGUUAUCCUCUCAGUGAAGACAGUCAGCUUACUCACAGCAAAUAUGGUCAUAAGACAUGUACACAAACACAAAGUCACAGGCAUCAUGAGUAUCACAUUGACAUGGAAGAAGUCACCUAAUGGGGAUGGACAUGAAGACCGACUCUGUUCAUCCCUCCGUGUGGGAAAAAACCAGCACAGCUUCACUGUGAGCGUUGAGGAUGAUGGCAGCACUUUCCAGCCGGCCGUGUCUCAGCUCUCUGCCACCCUGCCCAACUGCGAGGAAAUUGCUAACUGGACACCCCUCCUCAAGUCUUUCCAUGAGCUGAGAGCGCUGAAGAGCAACCCAGAGCUGGAGAAGAAUGUGGAGAUGUUGUUUUCCUCCCUGCGCUCUCUACCUGGGCUGAAGAAGGUGUACCUGAAUGCCAGAGUCCAGAAGAUACAGUGGGCCUUUGAGCUCCUCUCUCUCAUCCACAACUGUGCCAAUCUACAGGAAAUGGAUGUAAUGGUGAAGCAUCGGCUAGAACAAGAAACUCUCUGCUCAUUCCUGUCUUUGAAGAAAGCCCCGUAUAGCACUCUCAAGCAGGAGGCAAUGAUCAGGCUGACUGUGGAACAGAAUACCUUAGGGAUCUCUUCUUCACAGACACCCCCAUCUUUUUCUGUGGAUGAUCGUAGUUGGCGGAAACCUAGUCUCACUCCUUCUCUUUUGGCUCAGGAGAAGAGGUGGAGUCCCCUGUCUCUUAUCUCUCUCACCUUCCCAGGCUCAGAAUACUCCACAGGGAAUUGGAAGCUUUUCUUGGAUAUGUUUUACAACUUGAACAAGAAUACAAGUACUGAUGUGGAGACCGAUGUGGACACUCUGUUCACCACCCUGCGCUCAGUGCGUGGUCUGAGAGAGGUGGAGCUGAGGGUCCAAGGCCUGACAGAGAGCUGGACUCAUCACAUCCUCUCUUUCAUCAGGGACCAGGAGAUUGAUGUUCAUGUGCUGAAGAAGUGGGAGAGUUGUGAGGAGAGUCUUUGCUCAUCUUUCUUUGUGAGAAAAACAGCCAGCACCUUCAGAUUGGCAGUUGAACACCUGAGGAAGGGGAGCAGCACUCCUGCUCUCUCAUACAUCUCCAUUCUGGUAGACACCAACACAGUCACACCCUCGGACUGGACUGACUACCUCAAGAGUUUUCACACUCUGAAGCAUGAAAUAGAAAGUCGGUAUUUGUAUGAUUUCGUGGGUCCUCUCCUGUUCCCUCUGGGAUCUCUGGCUGGCCUGAGGGAGGUGGAGCUGAGGGUGAGCUGUCUGACGGAGGUCUGGGCCGAUAACAUCCUGUCCCUCAUCGACAGAUGUUCCAACCUACAGGAAGUGAGGCUGUCUGCAGGUCAUUCUGUAGUUAGUGAUGGUCUGUCUGUCUGGACUGACUGUGGUCCUUUACUGCUGGAGGAGAUUACUCAUCUACAGGAGACUCUAAUACGCCCAGACUGCACCAUCACACUCACAGGGAUUAAAAGGAGGACUGUUGAAGUGUCCAGUCACUUCAAAGAGGGGAGACUUCAGUGCAACAGACCAGUGAGGAUCACCAUCAGGGGAAACAAAUCUACUGAGGACUUCCUAGAGCACAUCAGAGAGAGAGAGAGAGAGAGAGAGAGAGAGAUGAGUCCCUGUGUCCACCACCCCGGCAACUGACCCCUGACCCUCCCUGCCCAGGAUCCAGUGUAUUGCUGAGACCAGAGACGGUUGAUAAAGCGAAAUAAAUAAAAUAGCUAACUAGUGUUUGGUGGAGACUCUGGCCGACUUGCCAAACUGGGGGCCACAGAUUUUCUCUCCUGCUGAGCCAGCGCUUGAAAACUGGCAGCUACAUGCGCAGUUCAGUACACGUCAGCACGGCCACUCCACACACGCGGACAGUCCACUCUAUACUGUACACCAGUGUUUCUCAAACUUUUUCGACCAAGGACCACUUAACCAAUAAAAAAAAACCUCACGGACCACCUAGCUAAA